AUGGCAUCUUCAACUCUUCCCCUAGUAUUCAUAGUGAGAGGACAAGAUCCAAAACUUCUUGUUCCAUCAAAGCCCACACCACACGAACUCAAACAACUCUCAGACAUAGAUGACCAAGAAGGUCUUCGUUUUCAAGUUCCAGUGAUCAUGUUUUACAAAAACAACCCUUCAAUGGAAGGGAAAGACCCUGCGAGUGUGAUUAGAGAAGCACAAGCCAAAGCACUUGAGUUUUACUACCCAUUUGUAGGGAGGCUCGUUGAAGGACCUAAUCGGAAACUCUCAGUGGAUUGCACAGCCGAAGGGGUUCUGUUCAUAGAGGCAGUUGCAAAUGUGGAGCUCGACUGGCUCGGCGACAUGGUACCACCAAUUUGGCAGAGGCACCUCCUCUCUGCUAGACAUCCUCCCUCCAUUACAUGCCCACACCACGAAUACGACCAAGCACUAGCCAGAGCCGCCACCACCACCACCACGAUGACCGCUCUUUCUUCUUUGGUCCCAAAGAAAUCAGAGCCAUUCGCAACCAUCUUCCCCACCACCACCACAGCAUAA